GCUGUCAUCACGGCUGAGCACGCGGCUCAAUCACUCCGCCGACACGAGCUGCAAAGUGAAUUUCGAUGGACAGAUUAAGACGAGCAGAGACCGUCUCGUGCAGGACUGUGUUGUGUCGGAGUGUUGACGGGGUGAGUUGUUUGCGGUUGUAAAAAUCCAUCCGCCGAGUUUCGUUUACCGGUUGAAAAUGUCGUUUUUGUUGUUUGUAUUGGGAUUCAAAAGUGAGACUGUGUGAUUCAAAUGGUUUGUAACAAGUGUUUUGGCGGCUAAUUCGUUAAAAAACUAGGGCAAGCAGAGAGGAAACCUCAUGGGAUAGUUAAACUCGCUGUUUGGCUGUGACGGUACUCUUCAGGUGAGUAUUUGGGUAUUUUCUAGAUAUAGUCCAACGCACAUGUAGGUUACUGUUAAUGUUGAUUAACAAGAGUUGGAAAAAAUUCUCUUGACACAUUGUUUUGGAAACAAGCUCAACAAAUCCGCUUGUAGAGCUGCUGAAAUACAGAAAGUUUGAUGUCAUUCUUACUCUGACAGAAAAUUUGAAUAUCAUACAAAGCAGACUGCACAUCUGCAUACCUUUCUUCCUUUAUGGUAAAAUGUCAGCAUCAGAGAGACUAACCUUGGUUUGAAAUUGUAGCAUACAGAGUCUAUCUCAAAGAGAGUGCCAUUCACAGGUUUGCAGCCUGAACCACAAUGUUGUGAUAGUGUAAAAAAGCUCAAAGAUUAAAUGAAAGUGAGACGCCAAAACACCUUUUUUCUUCAACCUGAAUCUUUCUGCAGCUGGCAGCCUUCGAGGCUUUGUUGGAGAAAUGUUUUUAAUACCAGGCUGAUUGCACAGAAGGUGUUAAAACCAAAACAAUGCUUCGUAAGAAAAAGAAGCAAAAGGCAAAUGUGUUCGACUUGCAGAGCGCUCUUACACCAGUGAGAAUCUAACGUUUUAUAACAGUGUAUAAAGACAAAAGUUCUAUCUCUGUCCUACUUCCAUCAAAAACAAAGGCAUAAAGGUCUGAGAAACAAUGUGAAGCGCACUGUCCUAGACAGUGGUAGACCUGAAUUGACACACAGCUUUAUGAAAACACAAUACACCCGAAUGUAUUCAGUUAUUUGAUAACAGUGAAGUGUCCUCCUGUCUGUCACUGUCUCCCUCCUCACUCCUCCUCACAAAUACAGACACAGUAUACAUUAGCAUGUGUUUUCUGCCUUGUGUUUCUGUCUUUCGCAGCGUGAGUGACAGCCGCCGUCUGAUGGAGCAAACAAGCAUGUUUGAUUGCCUGUUCCCUUCAUAACGGUUGUCCAAUUUCAUGGCUGUUAAGCUUGUUAAUGAAAGCAGGAAGAAGAGAAAGCAAAGGGUAUAUCCGUGUGCUUGGCUGGACCCUUAGAUUAUAGGGCAUGGUUUGUGAUGCUAACAAACGGUGUCACAUGUCCUAUAAAUACACCUAGUGACAAAGACACAGCUUGUAUUGUUACAACCUGCCAGGCCUUAUUUACAAUCGUCCUGACACAACCCACUGAGUGUUAAAACAUAUAUAGAGAGGGAAUAUAUUUUUGGUUUCUUAUUAAUUCUCUUGUACAAAAAUCAACAUACCCUUGUAAAUUAGAGAAGCUAUUGAUUUAUUCAUCAUAUUAAUGCUUCAAUAAUAAGGCUGAGUGUAAUGUCAUUAUAGGCUAAACAGUCGCAUGAAUAUGAUCCAAUUGAUUAAAGCAGCUAUGUAAAUCAAACUCAAUUAGAGGCAUUUAUUCUGGCUGAAUUAUAUGCAUUAGUCGCACUAAUUAUGGAUGUCGCCGAUACACCCAGAGGCCGAGAAAGAACGUGAGUGAGUCAUCUUGAGCCCCUUGUUACAGUGCCUUGAAAGGAGACAUGUAAAAUGAAUGAUUGUGUAAAAUAUUCAAGAUUACUUAAAGGACUGGUGCAGUAGAGACACGGGGUCAAGGUGAUACGCUGCGUUCUGUAUCUUUAAAAGCCUGGAAGGGUUGUAAGAAGAGUGGGAAGGAGUUGAGAAUUAACAUUUAUGCAUAAAAAAUAUCUUUCUGAUCUGAAUAAACAUCUUACAUCAGGCGAAUCUGAAUAUGUUUUCCACAUCAUGGUGCAUAAAAUCAUUAUUGCCACUGGUGAUGCCGCUAAAGGAGAGGCUUGUAUGAUUCAGAUAAGUUGUAGUUAAUAUGAUGAUGUAUUCUUGUGGGUUCUUAGCAUCAUAUAUUACUCGUGUGUCCUUUGGCUAAUACAUGUUUUUAAAGCACUGUGAACAUAGUCAAAAUAGUGUAUGAUGCAGUUAUAAGUUUGAAACCUCUAGCGGACAGAUAGAAUAACUUAUUUCUGCACAGUUACAAAUUGUGUGCUGUAGACCUUGACACUUGCUUCAGCGUCUUAUAUGAAUGCAGUGAGAGCUGGCAUGUCAGAUCUUUUCUUUUUUGAAUGUCAAAUGGAGACAAUCCGAAGUAAAUACAGAGUUUCUCUCCAAGAGAGACAUAUAUAUUGAGAGAAAUCAUGCAGUUCUGCCCAUAGCAGCCAAGAUCAUACAAAACUACACCCUGGUUAGUUCUAUUGGAAACAAAAGUUAGAUAUUUCUGAAUGGAUGUAAAACAAAAACGCCACUUAAAAGUCUUCAUUUUGUCAUGGAGGCCUGACUUUGAUGCAAAUCAAAGGACAUCAGUGGGAGGAUGAAACUGAAUAUUUAUGGUCUCUGCAGACCCAGAGAUGUCCCAGAGUACUUUUGAGCCUUUUUAACAGCAGAUGAAAUUGCACUUGAAAGUUGUAGGCAGGUUGCUUGACAGCUGUGAGGAAUUCAAGUGCUUUUUACUAUUGUGAGCAGACUAUUAAAGCACCUCUCCGGUGGACGACUCAGCUAAGUACACUUGAAAUUAUGCGAUGAUGCAAAGGCACCAUUAACAUUUACUAUUUUUUUGUUGGAAGCGGACCUUUAAUCUUUAGCAAAUGUGAAACAUUCCAGAUUUUUCCAUCGAUAACAAAUGUUUUUAAUUUACAAGACUUGAACAUACAACAGUUACAUUAAGACAGCUCUCUUUUCCUCUGCAGAAUGCAUGAACAACCUGCAGAAACUAUUCCUGAAUUACACUGGCCCUGGGCUGCAGGGCCGUGAGCAGCUACCAUGGCGUAUCCAAACACCAGCAUCCUGACAGCUAACCUCAGUGGAGCUCUAGACGGCCAUGACUCUGGUGGAAACAUCUACAGACCCUUCUCUGUCUUCAGCGUGCUCACCCUGACUUUACUGGCGAUGCUGGUUGCGGCCACUUUUGUGUGGAACUUACUGGUGCUGGUGACCAUCUUAAGGGUGAGGACCUUCCACCGGGUGCCCCACAACCUUGUGGCUUCCAUGGCGAUCUCAGAUGUGAUGGUGGCCGCUCUGGUCAUGCCACUAAGCCUCGUACACGAGCUGAACGGCAGGUUGUGGAAACUUGGCCGUGUACUUUGCCAGGUUUGGAUCUCUUUUGAUGUGCUCUGCUGCACGGCCAGUAUCUGGAACGUGACGGCCAUCGCACUAGACCGCUACUGGUCCAUCACCAGACACCUGCAGUACACACUCAAGACACGCAAAAAGAUCUCUAAUGUGAUGAUUGCACUCACUUGGCUGCUGUCGUCAAUCAUUUCACUGUCGCCUCUCUUUGGGUGGGGGGAGACAUACUCAGAGGGAAUGAAAUGCCAAGUGAGCCAGGAGCCGUCCUACACCAUCUUCUCUACUUUUGGGGCGUUUUACUUGCCGCUCUGUGUGGUGCUGUUUGUGUACUGGAAGAUCUACAAGGCUGCCAAGUUUCGGAUAGGAUCACGCAAGACCAACACAAUAACGCCCAUGGCUGAGGUGAUUCAUUCAUUUUUAUUGAAAAAAAAAUCUAAUCCCUUAAAAUCCCCUUAAGUCAUAUUUGUUUGUAUUUGUCUGUCAGAGUGUUGGGAAAUCUUUAUUUACUGGAAAUGAAUUCAGAACAAGAACUGUUCUUGUAGAAAAAUAAAAACUAUUGAUGGUUCAGGAACCUAUGGUCCAUUAUCUAAUGUCUAAUGCCAACUCAAAUCAAUCAAUCAAAUUUUAUUUAUAUAACGCCAAUUCACAACAGUCGUCAUCCCAAGACACUUUCCAAAGAAAAAGAGCAGGUCAAGACCACGCUCAUUGUUUGAUGAAUCAUCACGACCCAACCUAAGAUGGGAUUUGGCCCAUCUCAUCCAACAUGAGUAACAGUGGCAAGAAAAAACUUCCUUUUAACAGGCAGAAACCUUGAGCAGGACAAGAGAGAGAGAGAGAGAGAGCGGCAAUAUUAACUCAGCACCAACUCAGGAUUUUUAACAUUGCACCAAAAAAACACUUAAGUUAACACAAAAUGUGAAAUUCUACAGGUUUUCAGACUGAAAUUAUGAUAUCAUCAGCAAAGACUACACAAACUUUUCUACUUAGCACAUUAUGCUGCGGGUUAGAAUUGAACUGCUGAGCCAAAUUUGCACCCCAACAAAGCAUGCUUUUUUUUACAGCUUUCUUCCUUAUUGUGUCAUUACCAUGCAUUUAGAGGAAAGUGGUGCUAUUCUAGUUUGAUUGAAAAGACUCCUCAUUAUAAUCCAACAAGUGACUGGAGGAAGUGGGUGGUGUAUGUUGGUCUGUGUAUCUCAUAACAAGUGAGUCAAGGUCUCUGUUGGGUCAGGGUUAGAGAGCAGCACAAGACUGCAAACUCCACUCAGUGAAAACAGAUGACAACUACAAAGAGCUUCACAGCUGCAGAGAAACUACACAUUGUGGUUGUUGCUGAGUGCGGUGUAACAACACAUUACAGUUUCACAGUAUUUCAAGACAGAAAGUUCCAAAGUGAGAAUGUGCUGCAGAUUUUAUGUCGCUGAGGUAGGUAUGCAUAUUAUGUAAAGGUUGUUACACAUGGCACAUCAAUUUGUUAAUCAGACGGUAAAUGAUCAGUGCACGGUAAAGUCUAGACAUCCUAGAAUGCUGAUUUGAGAAAUCGUCUUAAAUGUCAUCGGAGGAACGUAGUGGGUUCUAAGUUUGGCUCUUACAUGCAAAAUUAAAACCCUUAAAGCUCAGCCUCUUGGUUGACACUGCUUUGUGGUAAGACAUGGUUAGAGUGUUAAACCACAUGUUCUCAUCAAAAGUAAGAUGUGUUAGCUGAUUAUUUGUCUCUAUGGCCUACCUAUGAACAGAGAUCUACCUAAGACAGGUUGCUUUUCAAGUUCAGAGACAACUGCACAUUGUGGGAGAAAGCAGAGAAAAAGAAAAGUAAGAGGGUGAGAAUGAAAAUAUUCAAAAGGGUAAAUAAAUAUAGUGGAACUGCUAGAGUUUAGAAGCAGAGGUACAAUUUAAACAUAUACAUAGCAGUGAGAUCAGCAACUUGUGAGGUAGAGAGACAGAGGAGAAUAGGAAGUGCAGGGAGAAGGGAUGCUUCAAAAGAACCAAAUCGAUAUCCAACUGCCACUAACAGAGCAAGCAUCGGCCAAACUGUCAGUUUCCAUGUCCUCAGUUGUUUGGGUAGAGCAUUUUAAUGCAGCCCGUUCAAGGACACAGGGAUUGACGAUGCUUGUAAAUGCUGUAAAUGAUGUUGGCCAGUGUUGCGUUCUAAAAUAGACAUUACAAAAUCAAAUAGAGAGAUUGUUAGCUGCAAUUACAGGAUGGAAGAUAGAUUACCUGAAUAAACGGGUAGCUGUAAACAAGUUAAGCUCUCAUAAUACAGGGUUGAUAUACAUCAACAAUUUAUGAGCUUAUCAAGACCUGUCAAAAAGCAGCUAAAAUGCCAUAAGUAAGAAACACAUAAGAACCUCCACAUUAACAAAGAAAACAAGCAUACACAAAGAAGCACGAAUCACAAAGAGCCAUUAUGACUGACAUCUCUGCCUUUAAGACCAUGGGCACAGACAGCCGUGGAGGUAUUGGGAAUAUAGAAGCAGGAACAAGAUUGUUUUAUAAAAUUAUUACUCAAGUUAAUUGGAAAUCUUACUCCUGCCCACUGCAAGUUGUACGUCUCUGAAACAGACAUUUGCAAGACAAGGUAUUCCUAACAAGACCCACAAGAAUAAUAGGAGAGCGGGAAAGACUAUUGCUGACAGUGUGACAUUAUGCGUAUCGCAUCUCGUUCUCACACCCCUCAGAGAAAUGGACAUGCUGUUCAAACACAAAAAUGCAUCCUCAAACAGGACAACCCACUAUUAGCAUCCAUGUCAUCGCUCCUUGGGGUAAAAGAUUAGAGCCAAACACCCCCUGACUUUGACAAAAUCUGGUCCCUGGGUCGACCAUUGAAACUUAACAAUGCAGUGACUUCACAGCACAGUAGUGCCUGGACACUUUGGAUCUCUGCAGCAACAGCGAGAGAGGACCUAAAUGCAGAGUAUGAGUUUUAGUGGUUAAAAGCAAAGACGCAAAUACAAAAGUCUUAUUAAUCAGAGUAUAAAGUUGCAGCAACACUAGAGAGAAACCUAAAUAACCAAAUUAAGAUGAAAUGCACAACUAAACAAGAAAACCACAAGACGCCGAGAGUAAAAGUAUUAAUCAUUCUGAGUAAAGAAAAGGGAAAGGACCCAAAAUGCAGACAAAAAAAGGAUUUAUUUAAAAGAACAAAAUAAAAAAGAGAAAAAUCCAAAAGGCAAAAUCCACAAAAAAAUCACUGGGGCAAAAUCACAGGGAGCAACUGGGGAGACAGGUAUAUGCACACACCGACAAACAAUAAACCAAGAAGAAUAGAGGGGAAGACAGGGACUAUAUACACACUGGGAAACGAGCAACAGGUGAGGUAAACGAGCAACAGGUGAGGUAAACGAGCAACAGGUGAGGCAAACGAGACACAGGUGAAACUCAUGGGUGAUUAACAAAGGAGGGAAAAUUGGGGAAGUAAAACCAGACUAAAAACACAAGGAAUAACUACUACAAAAUAAAACAGGAAACAGAACAGGAGGAUAAUAGGGUCAAACACAAACUGCAAACUCACAAGACUGGACUACAGGGAACAGGAACACUAGGGACAAUACACAAAAUGUACUUAAAUAAAACCAGUAGAAGAAAACUAAAUUAGACAAGAAACUGUCUCUUUCAGCAGAAAAAAAAUCUGUCCUUUUAAUGCUUUUAUUGACCGAUCAGAAUCAAGAUCUCAUCACAGCCAUGUCACACAUGCAGACAGAUACUCCUUGUUGCAGCUCAGUUAGCUUCAGUAAGCAGAUACAAAGAAUCGCUCUUCAUCGAUUCACAUGUAAUUGUAUUUGUCCAGACAAACUAUCCAGAAGUAAUCUGGCAAACAUAAGUAUCUGAUGUAUAAGCGUAGGGGUAAAUACUAGCCGUGAUCCUGCUCAUCACCACCAGCUUGUUAAUUUGCUUUGGCAGAAGGUAGGGGGCUUUAAAUACCACCUCCGGCAUCUUUAAUGGGCUGCUGCAGCACCUUCCUGACUGUGGCGUUCCUCUAAUCAGCAGACACAAAGGUCUAGAUCUGUUCCGCAAGCAUUAGCACACAUUUAAUCAGGCAAAUUUUCCCCCUGAAAAUUGACACAGCACCCACUUUUCACCUGGCCUUAUGGUGGUUUAUGCGGUUUGAAAACUACCCAAAGUGCCUCAGAGAUAGAGUUUACAGCAAGCACACUUUUCAGUCUAUGAGAAGUUUGUAUAAAACAUAACCUCACAAUUGGACAGUCAGUGGACUUGGCAAACAAAAGGGAAAAAUGUUUUGUAGAAAAUACAAAGAUUUUUUUUUUAUUUAUGUAAUGCACAUACUCAUGAAUUCCCAUUAAUCCUCUAAGUAUCUCAAAGUUAUGUAAAUUCAGCCUGAAAUUAAGGCUGUGCUCAAGGAGAGCCAAUCAUCAACUAAAUAAGUGCCAUGUUUUAUUGCUUUGAUGGAUCGACUUCAAAGUCAAGUUCCAUUACCCAGGCAUUCAAUUUAGCCUUAGAAGCAAUUAAACUCAGUAUGUUUUAUUAGUCUUUUUGCUUCCCACAGACAUGCGCGCAGCUUGUGCUUGUAUUAAACCGGUCUCAUUACCCAGCCAAGGUAUCCUCAUCAUUCACCAGAGUACAUUGAAGAGCCGAGGCACCGAGCCCUGCAAAGUGCCCGCACACAGAGUUGUGAUGUGAAGGAUGGCAUCAGCAUCCAAGAUAAUAAACCUUUUGCUCUCAUCCAUCAACAACACCCACACAAAGACAUUAAGAGCGCCGCAGCCGCACACAUGGCACCAGAAAUAGAGUGUUUUGAUAAGGGAGAUGCACUGUUUCUUGGCCUGGGUGCACAAAUAACUCAGCGUUACUGUAAGAAAGGCCGUGAAAUGUUUGCUGUCACUGCAGCUAUGAGAAAUGAUUAAUGUGAAGACUCUUUGUCUUAUUAACUUCAAUUUUUACAUUACAUGCUUCAGUCAACCUCAAAACAAGCCAGUUUCCUGACUGAAAUAUAGACCUUCAGUCCACCGAAUCGACUGUCCCUCUUACAUAAGUCAGAGCAGACGAGAUAAUAUUCUCCUCAGAGACAAAGACAUCACUCACAGUUUAUGGACUUAAUGCUGCUGGAAAUUGCCAUGAGAUAAUAAGCCAAGCAUGAGGACGAUAAUGAAUCACAGCAAGUCUGCCUUUAUCCUAACUUUUCAAAACGUAAACAAACUAGCACAUAUUUAAAAAACAAAUAUACAAGAGUUGUUCUUAAGUUCUUUUUGCUUUAAAAAGCAAAAGUACAGAGGUGUAAGCUAGCUAGCAGCUCAUUUAACCUUCGCCUGAAAUUCUUUGUUGUAGCUUCUUUUCCAGCAAUAUAAAGUUGUGGGUGUUACUUUUUACACAGCUUUAUAGAUACAAAACAACAAGAAAAGUUGUGCCUCCACAAAAAACGCUACAGGCCAGCCAGUAGUGCCCCACUUUAUCUAUUAGUGAGCUAUUGUUACAGUACCUGCUGUUAUAAUGUUACCCACAGCUUGUGGUCCUGUGUUUAAGGUCUUUACAGAUGGCACAGCCCCAGGUUUCAGGAACAAUUUAGAUGCAUAUUUGGCUCAUACUGGCCUUUGUUUGGAUAAGACAGGACCCAGUGUCCUACACUCACCCUUUCAGGGUUCCAGUCUGCUGAAACAAUUCAUUUAUAAUACAGUAUUACUCAUAAUAUACAGCCCUAUGGAUCACAGCCCAGAAAAAAUAACCUGUCCUGUCGUUUAGUUUGAAAAAUUGAUGUUAGGUGGCCAGUUCAUGUAAACUACUUCACAAUAAAAUGAUCCCCUGCACUGAAAUAAUCGAAUCUUUGCCACAGGAUGACAUUCAGAAUAAGUGCUCCAUAUAAAUAAAAAACUCUGCCCCCAGUUCGAUGUGGGGAAAUGAUCUCUCCAUAUAUAUGUUUAUAUUUAAUGAUUCAAAACCAUAUGUUGUUUUUGAGUGAGCCUGAUUAGAUUUGGUGUCAGGGAUGAUUAUAGCCUCAUCAGGGAUCUGCUCCGUAAAGGAGGAUCUGCAGUUAAGUGCACAUUUCACUACUGCACCAUUUGGCAUAUAAUGUUAAGGUUUAAAACCUUCUUCCCAGAAGUCAUUUGCUUUUAACCUCUGGUCUCUGCUGUAAAUGGAUUUGCUGCAUCCAUUUUAUCAGGUGAAGGUCCUGCUGGCCCAUAUCGAUUCAGAUAAAUUCACUCCAGAGAGAAUGAGUUUCUUCAUUCCUGUGCAGGAUCCUGUUUAAAUGUUGAGCAGAACUCAACAGUCAGUCCUUUUACUUCUGACUGAUUGGGAGGGAUAGUUUGUCCUCAUGAAAGCUGCUGAAUAACCCGGGUGAUUUCACUAGAUAGAAAAAAAAAUAGAAAGUCAGCCUUGAGCUGUGCUAGGCAACAAAUGAGUGAAGAGAAAGUCAGCAGAUUGAAGUUGACAUUUUCUCUUCCCUUUGAAAGCUCUGCCGUGUGUUUAUGAAAUGGCAAAGAACAAGCUUCUGGAAAAUGCAGAUGAAGACAGAGCCCGAGCGCCGCACUCUUUGUAUGUGAGUUUGUGUGUGAAAUGAAAGAAAAGCUGGGGCUUGUUGAUCCACCUGUUGAUUCACACCUCUGCUCAGCCGGCUAUAAUCCAUCUUUUGUUGAGCAGCCACACAAUUUACACUUCAGCGGUUUCUUUCUGAGGCGGACUUCAGGAGAGAUAUAGCUUUUCUAAAGCUAACUAGGUCUGUCUGAUUGAUUCAUAAAUCAAUAGAAGAACUGAUUCAUUCUCUUUACGGUCGCUUCCUAGGUGAAGGAGGAAACACAGCAGCCGCAGAUGGUGUUUACCGUGCGCCAUGCCACUGUGACCUUCCAGACAGACGGCGACACGUGGCGUGAGCAGAAGGAGAAGAAGGCAGCGCUUAUGGUUGGCAUUCUGAUCGGUGUGUUCGUACUUUGCUGGAUCCCCUUCUUCAUCACUGAGCUCAUCGUCCCACUGUGCUCCUGCGACAUCCCACCCAUCUGGAAGAGCAUCUUCUUGUGGCUGGGCUACUCCAACUCCUUCUUUAACCCGCUCAUAUACACUGCCUUUAAUAAGAACUACAACAACGCCCUGAGGAACCUCUUCUCACGGCAGCGCUGAGCCACUCUGCACACUCAGCAAACAGACACACUACACCAGCACACACUCUUUACGACAGAAAGGCACUAAAGUGUCUGUUUUCAUCACUUCAUCAACUUCAGAGGGAGGAUAACGGGAAACUAGGACUCCAAGACUGUGACUUUUUCAUUAAUGUUUGGUUUGAUUUAUGAUUAUUCUGAGGUAACCACACAGCUUGGCAGAGAUUGCUGUCAGAACAAGUGUUUCUGCAAAUAGAGAGGAAUAAAUUAGCUGUGCUGCGGCAGUGAUGUCUAUAUUUUGGUUUAUUUCAGGCUUAUUAGAGAGAAAGACAUUUAGACUCCCUCGUAAACAGUUUCAUCACUAUAUGAGAGGCUACUGAUAGUAGGCUUAAAGUAAAGCUGGAAGGAAAAACCUCAUUAAUCACAAAUCGAAAUAAAACUUUAGAGUUUAACCGUAGAACAAACUGCUCAACGCUGCAGUUAAUAAUUCAAGCAAAAACUGGAUUUAUCUCUGGGAAGAAGAAGGGUUAUUUGUCCACAGCCUCUCAGUACAAGGAUAAAAUAUUAAAUGACUGCGAAGUUUUAGGAAUUUACACAUGAACCCCUCAGCUCCUCAUGCACUUUUUAUGUACACUUUUACAGAUAUACAGUAUGCGCUAAUCUCUCCUUUGGUGCCAGAGAGCUUGACGCUGAUUCUCUUUACUCAGGCACCUACUUCAGACUCCUGUGUCUUUAAACUAAACAGGGAAAUAAACAGAGAAUACACUGCAGCUAUUUAUAAUCACAAGUAACUCAAGAUAAAUACCAUGAAACAUAGAAGGUCUGUGACCUGAUCUACAGCUAAAAAAGGGCAGUUCAAACCAAAUAUCUCUAAUGGUCACAGCACUGAAUUGCGCCUCAGUUGGCCUAAUGAUGUUCUCCAACUGUGGCUCUUUAUCAUCUUUUACAGACCGCCUCUGUUUCCUGCACAAAUUGCCACUUUCUUCUGACAAUGAACAACACUGUAGAAACCAUAUAUAACUCUAUUUAUAAUGUAAUAUAAUGUAAAGUGAGGAUCUAAGCAUGAUAAACUGUUCCUCUGCUAACAGUAAGCUGUAGUUUUUUAGUACAUAUCUCGUAGAGCGAAAGGUUAACGACAUCUGCUCACUCUUUGGAACGCUGCUGUCUGUUGAAAACAACGUGUCUUAAGAUCAGGAGAGUUUGGGUUACUACUACUCAUGGUCUUAGAUUAAUCAGACUCCGUUUUUGACUGUCUUUGGCUAAGUGUGCAUGGCGGAUUUGAUGGCAUGAGGUUUGAAGAAUUCUUAACACCUGAUUGGUUAAAAAUGUCAUCUAAAAAAAUACACCCUGGUUCCUAACUGGGGUGGUCUCUGUGGCAGUGUUGUAGCACUGGAGUCCAGGACUCACUUGGACUUGGGCAUUAACUGGAUUCAUACUUUGACUCAGACUGUUGCAUUCCCACUGAGCAUUCUUUUGGUCUAAAAGAAGUCUAACAGAUGUCUAAAUGUAACCUAGAAGACUGGUCUAAAAUCAGACUACCAGAGGUCUUAAAAUGAAAGUUUUUUAGACGUCUAAAUUUAGACCAAGUUUAGACUAACUCUAAAUCUGGGCUAGCUCUAUACUACACUGUAUAUUGCUCAACGGCUAUCAUAAUUAUUUUGGUUAAGUACUUGGAGAUGAGUUAUGCAACUCACAGUUGCUUUUUAAAAUAAAUAGUUAUCGAAUAAUGGGUUAAAGUGCAACGUCUAUUUUCCAUCUGAAAAUAUACAGAAUCUAGACGGUUGAAAUUAGGUCUAAAAAAAGGUGGUUUUUUUUGUCUAAUAGCCGUCUGUUGCUCAGUGGGUUGCCUUUAGUCUUCUUCAUGUACAAGAUUUUAAUUAUUUAUUCAGUUUUGUUUGGCUGCUUGCUUGCUACCGUUAUUUUAUAUUGAUGUAUAAAUUCACCAACAGUCAUUUUAACUCUGACCUUCAUGAUAAGUCAGGGUAUUAAGACCACCAUAUAUAGCUCCAUACACCAAACUGUAUGGACAUAGCAGCUAACUUCAUGGUAUUCUAUUCAUUUAUUUCAGUCAUGAUGUAUUAACAGUGUGUGUUGCUCUGGGGACACAUUGUUUUCAUAUGACACCAGCACUUUAGUGACGAGUUAAUCCUAAGAAUUCUUUUUAAAAAGGUUUUAAAUAUAAUUUGUUCGAUAAAUUUUUUGUACACUAUUUAAAACUGCAUUUUGCAAGACAAUAGCAGUGUAUAUUGUAGAUAUUCUAAUUCAGGAUUAUUUAUUAUUUAUACAGCCUUUACCUGACCUCAGCCUGUAGCUUUGAUUUGUACUUUUAGAUUAAAUUUCACUUUACCUCAAACACACACAGACUUCAGAUGACAAAGCGUAUGAGUAAGUUAUUUAAGAUGUAUAAUUUUCAAGAGAUUACAUUGAUAGCUUCAGUAGUAAAAGAGUGACAAUAUUUAGUCUUUAAUACAUGCAAAGUUGAACAGAGUGAUAUAUAAAACAUGAAGAAUCAUAAAUAUAUAUGAAAAGAAAAUGAGCCCACUGUAAGGGCCAGAUCAGUGCUGUGGUGAUUAAAUAAAUGCAUGAGAUAGACAGAGACAGUGAUCAUCAUUAUUAAAUUCUUCCAGACAGAAAAUAAAAGACAGUGCUGGUGAAAUGUCCACUCCCUCCUAGCUCUUCUUUCAUGUUCCCCUCUCAUGUCUUACCCGUGGAGCCCGUGGUAUUCUGCAGGACUCAGAUAUUUAAAUUACCUCUCACUGCCUUCCAGAUUGCCUGAGGACAGUUCAUCGUUCAACCUUUGCCCCCCUCUGGUCUUGCUCUGUAUGAUGACCCAGCUCAGGAAAACAAAGUGUUUCAGAAACAUGUUGGUUUUUUUAAACCCAUCCUUGUAUUCAUUCUUAAUGUACAAAAGAGGGACACAAAUGUGGGCAAUUACCUCAUUCUUAGAAAUCCAUUUGUGUAUUUAAAUCUAAAAAAACAAACAUGGAAGUAGAAGAUCUUUUGAGUGACUAAUCAUGUGCAAACCUGUCUGUGGUUUUUCAACGUGUGCAUGUUUAUCUCCUGCAGAAGCCUUGGAUGAUAAAAUUGUAAUAAACGAUUGCUUAAUUUGUGUUACAUUGCAUCAAGCUCUGCACUUUGACAUAACAGAAGAUUCAGCCAUUAUAUUUCUACCAGGAGGUACACGGCAGGAUAUUUGCUGACACUGCAGACACAUCAGACUCAUACUGCACUUUCAAAAUGUUUAUCUAAAUUCAACACGGUAAAUGGAGGCAACAUUUCCAAAUCAAUUUAAGGCAGUUUAGUGAAUGUAAACUGAAAAUUCAUUACUUAAAUAUAUGCACUCUGCUGGGGAAGAGUGCAGCCAAAAGAUUGGGAUUAGCCAUUCCAUUGUCAAGGUGAAAAGCAGACUAUAAUUAUAAUAUUAAAGUUUCUGUGAGGAGUUUUUUUCACUUUUAUGAAAUAAAUGUAUAUCUAUACUGAUGCCUUUUUGUGAUAUGCAAAAGCAAAUGAGACUGUAACAAGACUGAUGGUUCAUAUAUUAUUAUUUGUAAUGCCUUGAAGUGGUGUGAGAGGGUAGAUGUCAGCAAAGCAGCUUAAGAAAACUGUUUUAUUUAUGAUUUCCUCAUAAAUUAAACACCAUAAACAAUAAAUGUAAUCAUUGAAAUUCA